AUGGAAAGUGUGAAGGAAAGAGACGUUGGUGAACAUGGAACUCCGACGCCACAGGGGUUAGCGGACUCUAAAAGUGACACGAUCCCCGCCAAGGUAAGUGGACCAACCCCGCUGUCCUCUGGGAAGAGAGGCUCGGCUGCGGAGGAGGAGUGUGGAGGCGCAGAGGCGAAACUCUUCGGGAAAGGGCUGGCGGCCACCUCCCUUCUUCAGAUCGCGAUAAGAAAUGGGAUUUAUCAAAACCAAGUUGCCAACGCUAUGGGGGGUGCAGCCAAAAGCCCGAGCAUGUCAUCCGCUAAAACAGCCAGCAUUUAUAACCUGACGUCUGCCAAUAGCACCACUUCUGUCAACUCUUUAUUGGGGAGACGAAAGCAACGACACAAGAGGAAUUUAUCUCUGGGAGCUUCGCCGAGCACCAGCACGUCCCUGCCCGGGGUGUCCUCUACAGAGGCCAGCCCUGCUCCCAGUGCCUCACCCCUCAGCACCCUCAGCCUGGACAGAAAGACUUUCCUCCGUCAGAAGCAGACUAAGCAGCUUCAAGUGUCUGAUAAGGCAUGGGUGAGGUCGGAUCUCCGGAGAGGGUGUAUUCAUGUCCAUGACUGGCUCACGCCCUCCUACCCCCGGCCAGUCCUGUGCUCCGUGGACACCACUGCACAUGAGGUGGCUCUCAAAGUGGCAGGGAGCAAGUCUGGGGCCCUUCUGAGAAUAUCAUGUAAGGCUUCUGGUGUGGCUGACGUGUAUGAUCGAGACCAGGGACAACGGAGUGACAGUGGAAGUCUAACUGAGGCUUUGGAUAUCAGAAACCUCAAGAAUGACUAUAAUGACGACUUUGACUUUAGCAAAGGCUCAAAACACUGUUAUCACGAUGCAAAACUGCCUCCCAGCCUGUUGCUGGAGGACAGGAAUGCUAGUAAUUCAUCCUCAGAGGUGUGUUUGAAUGACAUUGGCAUGGAUCUGAGUCUGAGCGCAGCUGACUGUUAUGGUGCAUAUUCAGGCUCUGAUAUAGAGAGCAGCACAUGUGAGGAUUUCACUCCCGGGGGAUCAGGGAGCAUGGAGCACAGAGACUCUCUGAGUGAAGGAGUUGUGGGGACUGACUCUUCAGUGCUAAGUCCAAACUGUGACAGCGCCCCAGAAGAUCCGGACCCGUUUGAGAGCUCCUCAGAUGAAGUUGACCUGGUGCCUUCUCCAACACAUACACCCACCCUCUCUGUCGCUGCCCAACUGCCAUCCACCACUGAGCCCUCCAGCGCCUCCAAACCAGAGAGAAGCACAUUGGACAAUGACGCUCCACUUAGUGAUAACGCAGAGGGAUUAAUCACACUUCCAUCCAAGUGUCUCAGCAGCUCCCAAGCCAGGCCCCUCACAAGUCGGGCAUCUGUCCAGGCUGACCCAGACAUCCCCAGGGGGAGCAGGCUAUGGCCGGAGCCUAUCAAUUCCAGUCCCACCCCGGCCCUCUUCCUCCAGCUGCACGGUGGAGCAGUGCGGAGACUGGAGGAUGAUGAAAAGCCUCUGCAGAUACUAAAUGAGUACCUGACCAAUCUGGGCUUUGAUGACCCGUGGAGGGUGCAGGAGGAGGGCAUGAAUCCUGAAAUUGGCUGUCUCAUUCGCUUUUACUUUGGUAAACCUCGCAGUGUCGGAGGCUCGGAGCGCGUGCAGCUCUCCGGGGUGUUCAACGUGAGGAAAGGGAAGCUGGCUCUGCCUGUGAACCGCUGGUCAAAGAGGCAGGUCACACUGAGUGGAACGUGUCUGAUCGUGUCGUCUGUGAAGCACGCCCACACGGGCAAGAUGCACAUCCUCCCUCUCAUUGGAGGAAAGGUAGAAGAAGUAAAAAGACACAGUCACUGUCUUGCCUUCAGCUCUGCUGGUCCCCAAAGUCAGACGUACUACAUCAGUUAUGACUCUUACACAGAGCACCUCCGCUGGCACCGCACUGCGUCCAAGAUUGCAUCUCAGAGGGUGAACUCUGUAGACCUAUCAUGCUGCAGCCUAGAGGAGCUGCCCACUCAGCUUUUUUACAGCCAGGACCUCACACACCUCAAUCUAAAAAACAACUUUCUGUCCAUGCACAAAGGCGUUCCAGCACUCACCAGGUUCUGCAAGCUAAGAAGCCUCAGUCUGUCUAAUAACACUUUGACCAAAUUUCCACUGGCCUUGUGUGAUAUCGCUUCUCUCACUGAACUCAACUUGUCUGGAAACCAACUCUCGUGCCUCCCAUCAGAAGUGGGAACCAUGCACAACCUGCAGACUCUUCUCCUGGAUGGGAACUGUCUGAGUUCUUUGCCUGCUGAACUGGGAUCUCUGGAUAGCCUCACGUACCUAGGUUUAUCAUUCAACUGCUUCAGCUCUGUCCCUACGAUCUUGGAAAAGCUCCGGGGCUUGGAGAGGCUCUGUUUGGCAGGGAACCAACUCUCUGUCCUGGACAUGCCGGGCCUCCAAUGGCUCCCGGCACGACACAUAGACGUGAGGCUCAACCGGCUCCACACAAUCGCAGCAGGAGACGCAGAGCAACUGGUUCACAUAGUCCAGCUUGACCUGAGAGACACAGGCCUACGGGAUCUGGAUGUUAGAUGUUUGUCCAAACUUGAAGUCCUACGCUGUGACAGAAACUCUUUAUCUGUUCUCCGAGUGAACGGCCAGGCCAUCAAGAGCCUGCAUGCAGCGCAUAAUGAGCUAAAGCAUCUUGAGUUGGCACCUGUCCCAGAGAAUCUGACUGUGGUGGAUUUAUCCAGAAACAUGCUGUGCUCUGUGCCUGACUGGCUUUGUGAUAGCAGAAAACUUGAAGUGUUGGAGCUUAACCACAAUUGUCUUACUGAAUUACCAAUACAACUGCUGUCCUCUGGGAGUUUGAGAAAACUGCUCACUGGCUGGAACAAUGUGUGCCGGCUGGCUGAGAGGCUGGAGAGAUCACAGCUGGAGGUGCUGGAUCUGCAGCACAAUCAUCUGACUGAACUUCCAAGCAACUUAUUCAUCAAAGCACAAAGUUUGCGAUACCUCAAUGUCUCUGCCAAUAAGCUGGAAAAUCUUCCUCCAGCUUGUUUGUCUGAGGAUGGGUUCAGCCUCUUAGAAGAGUUAUAUUUGACCAACAACUGCUUGACAGAAAAGUGUGUGCCACUCCUCACUGGACACAGCCAUCUGAGAGUGCUUCACCUCGCUUACAACCAGCUACAGAGCUUUACAGCCAGUAAACUGGCACGACUCGAGCAACUAGAGGAACUAGACCUGAGCGGUAACCGGCUACGGUCUGUGCCUACCACCAUCCUGAGCUGUCAGCGCCUGCACACUCUCUCGGCCCACUCCAACGGCAUCAACGCCUUCCCUGAGGUCCUCCAGCUGCCUGAGAUUAAGUGUGUGGACUUGAGCUGCAAUGAACUCACAGAAGUAUCCCUCCCUGAGAGUCUUCCUGUAAAACUCCAGGAACUGGAUCUAACAGGAAAUCCUCGCCUCAACUUGGACCACAAGAGCCUAGAGCUGCUUAAUAACAUCCGCUGCUUCAGGGUUGAUCCAUCUCCAUCAGCACCGUGUGUCAGUGAGAGUCGUGGGGCACCUUCAGUCUGGAGCCAUAGUUACACAGAGGCCUCCGGAGUCAAAAACAAACUAUGUGUGGCAGCUCUGGCUCUGGACAGCUUCUGUGGGAUUCGGGAGGCGCUGUAUGGAGUGUUUGAUGGUGACAAAAAUGUGGACAUUCCUUAUUUACUACAGUGCACAAUGGGAGAUGUUUUGGCAGAGGAAUUUCACAGGGCACAAAGACAAGAAGACUACAUGACCAGCACUUUUCUGACAAUGCAAAGAAAGCUGGGCACAGCAGGACAGAGGAUGGGUGGCUCAGCAGCUUUGUGUCACAUUAGGCAUGACCCUGUAGCACUUGGGGAGCACUGUGGCUGUUUUACGCUCAAGACGGCCAAUGUGGGUCGCUGCCAGGCCGUGCUGUGCCGAGAUGGCAAAGCUAUGCAACUUACCACUGUGCACACUGUGAAGGAGGAAGUAGAGUACCAGAGGGUACGACACCACAACGCCAUCAUUACAGAGGACAACAAAGUCAGUGGAGUGACUGACUGUACCAGGAUUAUGGGCUACUCCUUCCUUUGUCCCUCAGUGUCCCCUCGUCCACAUGUGUCCACUGUGACGCUCACGCCUCAAGAUGAGUUCUUUCUCCUGGGAAGCCGAGGUUUGUGGGAAAUGUUGUCUCCUACUGAAGCUGUGGAGGCGGUCAGGAACGUUCCCGAUGCCCUGGCUGCAGCUAAGAAGCUGGUGACUCUGGCUCAGAGCUACGGCUGUGCAGACAGUUUAAGUGCAGUAGUUGUCCGACUGAGUGUGACAGAAGACUGCUGCUGUUUCUGUGAGCCCCCGCCCCCUCCUCCAAGUCCUGGACCAGGGGUACACACAGGCACACACCCCUAUCAGACCAGUGAUGGAGGCAUUCCUCUACCCCCACCAUCAUCAGGGACUGUGAGUGAGCUGAGCAGUGAGCUGAGCAUGUCUGAAAUGAGCAGUGAGGUAGGCUCCACGGCCUCCUCGGAGGAGCCUCCUCCACAGACUGAGCCCAUGGCGACACACUUGCAUCUGCCAGGGCGAAUCGGAGUGAGGAGACCCGCAGGAGGAGGCGGCUUCCACAGGCAGUUCUCUGGAGCUCUGUCUGACAAUGGUCUGGACAGUGAGGAUGAAGAGCCCAUUGCAGGAGUUUUCUCUAAUGGAAGUCGUGUGGAAGUUGAAGCUGAUGUUCACUGUUUGAAAAGUCGGGAACAUCCCCUUCCCCAAACUAACUUUCAAACAAACCAGACUAAUAUUCCUCCCUCCAGCACAGGGCAUCAAGAGCCUACACAGGCCUCCUACUCUCCUGUACCCCCAUCUUCUCCCUGCCUCAGCGCAGAGUCUCGCUCUGGUACCCUCGGACGCAGGGGCCGGGCCAAUGGCUCUGUUGCUUGUCAAGCCCGGAGCCAGGAUGUGAUUGAGGAGGCAGGGGAUGCUCCUGUCAGGAAACAGGGAGGCUACUUCAAUGCACCUGCACAGCCAGACCCUGACGAUCAGCUGAUCAUCCCCCCAGAGCUGGAGGAGGAGGUGCGUCAGAUCAUCCAACAGCAGCAGCAAGAACAAAUGCAGGCACACAACCAGCAAACUCAUCCCUACCAGAAACCUGCGGACUACUUUGUGACUCCCCUCUAA